UCUUUUUUUUUUCCCUUCCCUUUCUUCUAUUCUUUAAAAUAUUCUCUUCUCUCUCCCAAUUCCUCGCCGAUUUUUAUCUCUACUGCCAUUUUCAGGACCAAAAUCGUCAGACCGCCCGAUUUCACUUUCCAAACGCUGCCGAUUAACUCGCCUUACUCUCACUCGCUUCCAAUCUGCUCUCAGGUACAACCACCAUUUUCUUCCUCUCUCUCUUCGAUCUCAUUUUUAGUACCCCAGAUAUCGAAUCACAUGGAUCCCUCUUCCAAUUUCUGUUUGUUUCGAAGAAAGAGAUUGUAGAUUUCAAUUUGUUAUCGGAGUUUUUGGAUGCGUUUGAGAGUUCUUCAGAAGAAAAGCAGAAAGUUAUAUAUAUAUCUUAUCGAGUUUCGUGAAGAAUAGAAUAACGGCGUAGUAGUAGCUCUUUAUUUUUAUUUUUUUCCCUCUUCCGCCGAUUAAUUUUAUUUAGUUAAAUUAUUUAUUAAUUCGUCUGUUCCUUGUUUAUACUUCGUAGCUGCAAUGAAUUUGUUUCGAUUUUUUUUUCAUCAAUAAUUGAUAAUUUGAAAAUUCUCUUCACCGUAUGAAAUCGCGGCUGGAUCCAAAAACUUAGCAGAGUUAAGCAAUAUAUUAAAGGUUAGAUUUCAAUAGUAGAGAAUGUUGAAAUGUCCAGCUGUAGCUGAGUGAUGAAUUUCGUAUCAUAUAUUCAUAUGUUUUUAUUGGCUGCUGUCUUUAUAGUUCAUACUACGAUUCUGACAGAAUUUUUGUGCAUUGAAUAUACUACUUUAUGCACAUCCUGGAUUUUUUCUCUUAAUUCUUGUUGGUACAUUAUUAGGCGAUAAGUGUGGAGAACUUUGUAGAGUAAUUUGUGACUGAUGAAGGCAUAAAGAUGGUGAUUUGUUUUCUUCUUAAGUUAAAUUUCGUAGGAAUAUGUUGUUUGUGUGCCUCGUGAUCAUCGGAUUAUGGUUUCUGUAUGUAUUUAAAUGCUCUUGGAAACUAGAACCAUUCUAACUUUGUUCUAAACAUACAGCCAAUCUGCACAGAUCGGCAGAAAGAAAUUUUACCAUCCAGAGAUUAAUCUUAUGAUCAAGGAAAAAUUUCAUUGGUGAUAGGUUCCCAGACGAGUACAACUGAUGUUAUUGGCAUUAGAAGGGGGAGGGUUCUUUUCUUCUUCAGCUUCUGGUUAUAGCAGUAGCUUGUCUCUUCUUCUUUUGGGUCAGAAGAGCGAAGAUAAAUCCAUGAGAGUGUUGCCAUUGUUGGUGGACCGAGACCCUGACGUUAACAUUCAGCUGGCUUCGACAAAGACGUGGAUUUCCUGGAGGUGCGCCUCCCCCUCCUUUCGUCGCUGCUUCCGUCAUAAUCCUGCAGGGCCAACAACUCCGCCUCCUUUGAAGAAACCGGCCACUACACAGCGCCAAGACAGUUUAAGAACAUCUCCUAUUUCUGACAAUGGAAAGAAUCAUGUUCCUAGUUCAGAUGAGGAUAAUCUUGCAAGAAAAAUGGUGCUUAAAAGUAGCUUGAAAAAAACAUCAGAUGCUAAUAUAGAUUCUGUUCGUAAUGCUGAUGGAAAUGAAGCAACAGGAGGAAAGGGUAGUUGCGAUUCUAGUCAUGUAGAAAGAAGGAAAGUACAGUGGACAGAUACUUGUGGAAGUCAGCUUGCUGAAGUCAAAGAAUUUGAACCAAGUGAAAUAAAUGCAUCUGAUGAUGAAAACGAUAUGGGGAAACGAAGGUGUUUAUGCAGUAUCAUGUAAUUCAUUCAAAACCCAUUUUUACAAUUGGUGACGUUUGCUCAAGAUCCUCAAAGAUCUGCUGACUUGAAUCAAAUCAAACUUGUUGGCUCGAGAAAUUUUCAUGACAGAGGGAAACUGUGUCAGAGAUUUUAGACAUGGAGGAACCAUCGGAAGAAGUUUGUUGGUUCCCAUGUUCUUCAUGGUGAUCAUUUAUUCGUGGUGGUAGUGCUGAUUUUUUCAGUAAGUUUUUCUUUUAUUUUUUUCUUUUCUUUUUGUAAUUUUCUAUUCACGUGGAUGAGCUUCAAUUUUUAGCACUUUUUCUUGCUUUUUUACUGUGUAUCGUCACUUAAUUUUUUCUUCUACUUUGUUACUAUACUCUGUUUCUUUCGUGGCUUUUUCUCUCUAUGUGAACAAUUUAUUUUUUGGUAUAUUUCGUUAUUGUUGAGUAUUUAGAAAGAAGCUUUUGAUUA